UUUAAAAUGGCUGAUGAUGUGCGGUCAAUGGGGAGAUUUCCUCUCUUGCUUUUGUUCAUACUGAUUUUCUUGGGAAUUGCCGAUGCCCAGAUCACAAUAGAAAAUCUCGCAGAAACAUUUGGAAACCUUUUCGGCUCUUUUGGCGGCGGUGAUGAAUGUCUGUAUCGAUGCCCAGACGGGAGCCGUCCCAAGAAGCGUCCCAAUUAUUUCCCCUCAUCAAAUGGCUGUGGAAGUAUGGGUAUUCAGCUGGAUACGUCACAGUUCCCAGACAUGACGAUGUGCUGUAACAAACAUGACUUAUGUUAUGAUACCUGUAACAGUGAGAGGGAUAUUUGUGACUUUGACUUCAAGGAGUGUCUUGAAGAUCUGUGCAAAAAGAGGAAGAAGAAAAUGUCGCAAUCGGAAUUCAAAAACUGUGUGGGAGCCAUGAACCUGAUGUAUGCUGGCACCAUGGCUCUUGGAUGCAGACCCUAUCAAGAGGCCCAGAGAAGUGCCUGCAUCUGUUCCAAGAAACACGGAAAGACAGAAUUAUGACAUCCACUCACAUUAAAUCGUCUACAUAUGUUUAUAUAUUUAUUUGUAAGUAUUUAAGAAAUGCCAGAUUGUGGUUUGGUUUCAAGUAGACUAUUUUGUUAUUGAAGUAGUUUAAAAUGUGAUUCAAGGUGUUUCGAACAAAGCUAUGUAUGUGUGCAGUGAUCAGAAAUCCUACAUUCCCAUACAUUACUCUAUAUAAAAGUGAAAUCAAGUGGUUCAUUCCUAUGAUUGAAAUAAAUUUAUACAGGUGAAUAAUUACUACCGUGUGCAGUAUUUGGUUUGUAAACUUUGGUUGUAACCUUGCCAUUAAGAAAGUAUUAAUUUGAACAGCUGAUACUGAUUCUUUCGUUAUAUCUACCAGUGGUGAUUUAUCAUGAAGAGGAAAUAGCAGCAGAAACCAAAGAUGAUUUUUAUAAAUUUUAUUGGAUAUUAGUUUAUACUAUGAGAACCGAUCCAUGUAUGAACUAUCAUUCACUUGAAGUUCGAUCAUAAUGGACAAGUGUACGUGAAUGGAAGGGAUCAGUGAAUAUCAUGGUGGAUGCAUAUUAUGUGUGGUACUUCAGGCUUUGUAUUUACCUAAUUAACAUAUUGAUCUGUUAAUCAGUCACAUUACAUUAAUUUAGAUAUGUGUGAUUAUUUAAUGUACAGUGGUAUUGGAGAAGGGGAUAUUUUUCUCAUUAUUGUGGCUCAAAUAUUUGUGUAAUGAUGUGUGACAAAUGUAGAUAGGUGGUAAUGAGAUUGCCUUUGUUAGUAUGGCAGAAGUGUUAAAAGAAUGAAAUGUUUUGUAUGGUAGUGUGCUCCCUAAAACCCCAAGAAAUUCAAUGACAGUCAGUGCACGUUUUUGCAUAUUUUAACGUUUUCUUGCCAGUAGGUGGAGCAUAUUAUGUCAUAGCGAUUUUGUCCGUCUGUGAUAGUGUCAGGGCUUUAACUCCCAACACCUAUCUGCAUAGAAUUUUAAUUUUUGGUGAAUAUAUUCAUACUCAGAUGAUGUGUUGCGACUCACAUUUGUCCAUUUUUGCUGUUGUCAUGGUAACCAGAUAACCAUUUUCCGUAUAUAUACUAUAUGGACAGAUAUGAUUUCGUUUUGAGCUCAAACUCCAACGUAUUUCUGCGUAUUGUUUUAAUUUUUGGUGGAUACAUACAUGUACAUACACAGGUGACAAUGUGUCAAGACUCACAUUUGUCCAUUUCCGCUGUUGUCAUGGCUACCACAUUGACAUUUUCCUAUAUAUACUACAUAAAUAGAUAUGAUUUUGUAUCUGGGCUAUAUCUCCAACAGUUUUCCACAUUGAGUUUUAAUUGUUGGUGGAUACAUAGAUACACAGAUAAUGAUGUCUCUCGUCCCAAAUUGGUCCAUUUUCGCAGUUGUCAUGGUUACCAGAUUGCCAUUUUCCUAUAUAUACUUCAUAAAUAGAUACGAUUUUGUAUCCGGGCUAUAUCUCCAACAGUUUUCCACAUUGAGUUUUAAUUUUUUAGUGGAUACAUAGAUACACAGAUAACGAUGUCUCGCGUCUCAAAUUUGUCCAUUUUCGCAGUCGUCAUGGUUACCAGAUUGCCAUUUUCUUAUAAUUCCAACAGUUUUCCACAAUAAGUUUUUAUUUUCUGUGGUUACAUACAGGAACUGAUGACGAAGUCUUGCGUCCAUUUUCUCAGUUGUCAUGGUAACUAGAUAGCCACUUUCUGUUUGUAUACAAUAUAAAUAGAUGUGAUUUUCACGUCCAGGCAACGCACCCCAUACUCCCCCUCCCCGACCUCUGUUUUCCAUGCA